AUGCCGACCUCUACUACCGUAUUAAUACCGUACCUAUUGCUCACCUACACAGUAACCCUAGCUUUUUGCCUUCACCUCCUCCAACAAUGCUCCUCGAGCCCAUCCAUAACCUUCCGUGGAGCCAAUGACGUCACGAGAGCCGGCGGACCGGCUCUCAUCGUAUUUGCUCCGCUCCAAUGUGCUAAUUGCUAUAAUUACUUGAGGAGACUCAACGAUUUGGCUGGAACCAGAAGCUACCGUAUCUCAGUGGUGGCACCGGAUUUCGAAUCUAAUCAUAUAAUUCAGAGGACCAGCACAGCGUUCCCAAAUCUUCAAAUCGAUCGAGCCGGCGAGGGAUGGCCUCGGCUGGGCGCCAAGAAUUUCGAUGCGAUUGUUUUGGAUUCAUGCUCUCGUGUCACUGAAACCUUUGAAUGGCCUCAAUCCGACGUCACGACGUCUACCACUAUCCAGACUGCUCUUCAAGCCACGUCAUUUAAAUGCGGCGGCGGCUCGGCGGGAAUUCAAAAAUGCCAAAAUUCGAACAACUCGAAAAAACGGGUCAAUGCGUGGAUUAAGGAGCAAGAGCAGCAGGAGCAGAUGAGGAGAGCUCAGAAUUCGCCACGUCAUCAGAAUUCUCAGAAUUCUCAAAACCCCCAAAAUUCUCAAAACCGUCAUUUCCAAAAUCACCAAAAUGGCCAAAAUCAAAAUUUCCAAACUUCCCAAAAUCGUCAUCAGAAUCCCCCACAUCAUCUGAAUUCCCAGCAGAACACCUACAGUAACCAUAAUUCGUAUAACAAUGGAUAUCAGAGCCUCUAUACGCCACCACCACCGCCACCACCGCCACAAGUCGUCCCAACAGAGAAAUUGACCACUACUACGCCCGACGCAUCUGGACCCGAUUAUGACUACUAUCCAGAAGGGGAUACCACGCUCUUGGCAACCACUCAAUCUACACAGACCCAAAUCCCUCGUCCACCAUCUGGAAACAACGGGUACAGUGAGAACAACGGUCCAUGGCCAACCUAUCCGUCAUAUUAUCAGCAUAAUCAGAAUCAGCAAAAUCAAUGGAAUCCUUAUCAGCCAAACCCAUACCACAAAAUAGGCCCAAACAAUCCGGCACUGCUGAUGGAUGCCAAUUUGCCGUGUAGCGCGUUUACUGACGACAUUUGCCAUCAGCAGCGAGAACAAAUGGGAAGUUUGGUGUCCAAGUGCUGUAAUAAAGGCAUCUAUCUGACGGACGUCUGUAUUCCAGGAAAAUGCUCAAAUAGCACAAUCCAGUUGUGUUGUUUCCAGAAAUUUUUGCAGGCUAAAUUUUCGUGUUGCUCGGAUCCGGCGCAAGACGAGGGAGCCCCAAAAAUGACGAAUCGGUUCAAUAAGUGUUGUCAUAACAACUUUAUAACAGAGGACCCAUGUUGUCCGGAAGUGGCUGCCAGGAAGUACUGGUCCACAGCAUUUGAAGUGUGCAUGCCUACAGUAGUCGUGGAUUUCUCGCCAGUGAGAUUCGAGGUCCAUUUCACCGAAGGCGUUCGUGUCAUCGAUUUAUCGGUGGACCGUCAAUGGGAAUUCAAUUGCACCCAUGGAACAAAACAACCACAAUUUGCUUAUCUUCCAUCGGAUCAUAUUGUUUCAGCGGAUUUUAUUAGAGGAUUGAAGAAAUUUUGA